UGGAGCAGGAAUUCCUGCACACAGGACUUGAGAGCUACACACCCACAUUCAGGUAUACACACAUGCCAGGGAACAAUUGACACCAUCACUGUUAGUCACUGAAGGUAGUGAUGUGGCGGUGUGUGCCUGGAGACUGUCGUGCUGCUGGCUCUUCAAAAUCUUAUUCUUCAAGCAGCCUGAGAACACCUCACAUGUUCAGAAAGACCUCAGAAGACACAAGACAGCCAAACUGAAUACCAGUUACUGGAGGUCCAAGACAGCAGAGGAAACAAGAAGUUGUUAUUCCUUGACUGCAUCAGUGGGCUUUGGCAAAAAACGAAAAAUCCUUCUGGUGCUUCCUAGGACAGUCACUGUAUCUGCACAGGGGGCCAUGGCUAGUCCAGUGCGGGUUCACCUAGACACUGCCUUGCUCCAGCCAGCCCGCCCUGCCUCCAGUUUCUCUGAGAACACUUUGGCUGUUCUGAAAACGGAAAAUGGGACAGUGGAGGCUCUGGAGCUGGUGGACAAUAAGCCACGGCUGGACAGCACUGAUCGUGCCCUUCCGGGACUCUACCUGUCCUGUUUUGACAUGCUGUUUACCGAGGAUGCCACCUGGCUGGUGAGGGUAGCGGACUCCUCUGCAUCAGUUGCUAGUGGACCUAAUCCGGGACCAUGUCCAGAGCCAGACCAGUGCCCUGUGAUUGAUAGUCCUGGGCUAGGGAGUGAACCACUGUCCCCUGGCCUUGAAGACCAGGUGGAGGAGAGAUCUCUGGAGCAAGUGCAGAGCCUUGUGGUUGGAGAAGUGCUAAAGGACAUUGAGACAGCCUGCAAGCUGCUGAACAUCACACCAGAUCCGGUGGAGUGGAGUUGUGGAAAUGUUCAGAAGUGGCUGCUGUGGACAGAGCACCUGUAUCGACUCCCUCAGGUGGGCAAAGCAUUUCAGGACCUGGAUGGGAAAGACUUGUGUGCCAUGACAGAGGAAGACUUUCGACAGCGUUGCCCACAGUGUGGUGACACACUCCACGCUCAUCUAGAUAUAUGGAAAUCAGCUGCCUGGAUGAAAGAGAGAUGUUCAGUAGGAGAGAGCAGGAUCACAGAGAGAGAGGAGCUGUGGUCGGAAGCAGAUUCAUCUUGUUCCGGUCAGCCCAUCCAUUUGUGGCAGUUCCUCAGAGAGCUCUUACUUAAACCACACAGCUAUGGACGCUGCAUCCGCUGGCUCAAUAAAGAGAAAGGUAUUUUCAAAAUUGAAGAUUCUGCUCACGUAGCACGACUCUGGGGUCUGAGGAAGAACCGGCCAGCGAUGAACUACGACAAGCUUAGCCGCUCCAUCAGGCAGUACUACAAGAAGGGAAUCAUCCGUAAGCCAGAUGUGUCUCAGAGACUGGUCUAUCAGUUUGUCCACCCAGUAUGAACCCAACAAUCAGACCAACAGAAACAAGAUGACAGAUUGUUUGCUUUGCACUGACAAACCGCCUAAGAUCUAGAGUCUAUGCACUCUAGUACUUUUCUGCGUUUAGUUGAUGUUUUGGUCUGUGUUAAUUUAAUGUCAUGAAUCGGUUUGAAUUAGAUUUUAUUCCAUGUGCCAAUCAAUGUGGCCACUUUUACAUGAAGACACUUUUUCAGGACCUCAAUAAAACACAUUAUAUCAGACAUUUUAUGAUUAUAUAGGUCACACAAGAUGCCUGGUUAUUCGCAUUGUCUGCCUGUCUCAGCCCAUCAGUUAGCUUAUUAACAUGUCAAAGUAAUUGAGGAAUAAUUUAGGAUCAGUUUUUGCCUUCCUACAAGUAUUAGGCACUUACUAAAUGUGGAAACGGGUUUGAAACAUGGAAUUUGCAUAUAUUUCUGUAAAUUAUUUCUAUAAUUUGAACACUGACAGUCGUCAAACACAUGUUCUUCUCUGACAGCUUUCAUAGUGCUAUGUCAACGCUUGCAGUUUUUGUUUGAGCAAAGCUCCACUCCCUGUGAGAAUGAGUGGCCAACUCAGGCACAUGUUUGGGUUUGGUCCUGGCCUCUGCCCAACUCAGCUCUUUUUGCUAGGCCUAAUCACACAGCAAACUUAUAAACCCUCCCUAAAGGCAUCAACAGUAAAGAAAGUCUUCAACUCACUAAGUGAACAAAUGGUCGUCCUCCAUUAGAAGCUCACCUUGUGCUCUCUCUCUCUCUGAUCAGCAGAAAAAAAAAAUCUUGCAAUUGUUAUUAGUAAUAUGUUCUCACUGAAGGUCUCAUUAAAAGGUUCUUUACACAUUGAGUUGUCAGGUGUUAAGGAACUGUUAAGAAUUACCAACCUUACAUGUAAGCGUGUGUGUGGGUUGUUGUUGUUUUCUUCUUUUGUUCCAGUGACUUUCAAAGUCACUUUUUCUCUGGAGUUUUUAUUUUAUUAUUUUUUUUAUUUUAUUUUUUUUGCAGUGUCUGCCAUUGUUAAUAAGAUUUGUUAAUACAUCUUUAGUAAAACUUUCUGCUACAGAAAGUCUCCACCAUGGGUUUUCAUUUCAGUCCUUCCGCAUUUACUAUAAACAAAAACAUAAUGAUAAUGAUUUGUAUUUUCACUUGUAAGUUUAGCAAGUUACCCAGUGGGAAACUUUGAAAAGCCGCAGUGGAUGGAUAAUAACAAAACCCACUGUGACAAAUAGGCUGUUGGUAACUUCAUAAAUUUUAAACUGUUAAUCAGUCAUUUAAUGUGUACUAUGGUUUUAAUGACAUUAGAUUGUAAAUAGAAAUGAAAACUGUUAUGUUCAUAUAGUAAGGAAUUAUACAUAAUGCAGAAAUUAGUAAUGUCUUAUGUCUUAAUUUUCUGGUAUAGCAAUUAUGACAACAUAAGGUACUAAUCAAAUGAGAUGUCUUUCUAGAAUGUGUUACAUAUAAUUACAUUAUAAUUGCAUUUAAUGAUCAUGAAUGAUGGACAAGAACGGUUCAUGAUUUUGUAAACACAGGCACUAAAAGUUAUCGGACUAGAACAGCUCUCUCUAGUGGUGAUCUCAAACACAGUGUUUUGCUGUUCUGCUGUGAUCCACAUAGCCAGCUACAGAAAAGUUAGACAUAACUCCAAUGCUAAUUCUUGACAGGUUAAGCUUUUAUUUUGAACUGAACAAUUGAACAGUCACUACACCAGCAUUAGAAGCUUAAACAUGAGCUUAAAUACACUCAUAUUGUGCUGGUGUUCCCAUUUCCAUGCCCUUAAUAUUGAAAUAUAUAAUAAAACAGAAAAGAGAAGCUUCUGAAGUGUUGAAAGGAAUAUUUACACAGAAGUGCUAAUAACUUUGCUAAUACUGACUAAACCCCAGAGGCUUUUAUCAUUUAAAUUGCCAACAAGGCUUUAUUCAUUGCAAGGUGCACUGUCAUUGUUGAGGUAAAGUAUUGCCUUUACCUAAAAGUAUUAAACGUUACCUUACGGCAUAUGCAUAUGUCCUUUAUGCAUAUCAAUGCAAAGGUCAUGAUAUAGCAGUCAUGAGGACUUUGUAGAACAUUACCUUAAGAGGAAAUGGUUUGCAAUGUUAAUAGGCACUCAACUCAGGUGUUUCGUUAAAAUGCACAAAAAGUAGUUCAGGUUUCCGUGAGGACUGUUAUGUAAGUUGCAUUUAGAAAUAUGCAUAUUGUGGGUAUAUAUUAAAGAGAUAAUUACUUUGUCAGUCAGUGAGUAUGUGAACAUGACACUUUUCUCAUAAACCACGUAAGACUAUAAAUUGAAGAAGCGAUUGCUACAAAAACAGCAUUUUGAGAUUUUGCUUUGUCCAAAAGGGCACAAUGAUAGCACUCGAGGAGUACAAAUUUAUGCGCUUGAACCAAACUGCUAAAUGCCAGUGCCAGCACUUCACAAUCCAGAUGCAAUAUGGUAGCUAAUACCAGCGCAGGCUGCAUUCCAGGUAGAAGUGAAGUGAAAACACGAACACGUAUCAAAAAAUCUGACUUCAUAUGACGAACACGGAGAUAAAAAACAUCACACAAUCAUAUUUACCCAUGACAGG